AUGGUCUUAUUUUUUAUAAAGCAACUUUCUCAUCAACUAAAACAACCUCUUUGUGUUAGCCAUUAUGAGUUAUUUNCAUCAUCUUCUGCAAAAUAAUUAAUGGAAUCAUAUUAAUAGUUCUAAAUUUAAAUUAAAGAAAAUAAAUAAACCUUAUAUUAAAUGAGAUUAGAUAAUAAUUAAUUAGUUUAAUAAACAACUAAAAAGGAAGAAGAAAUAAGUGAAAUAAGAAGAAAAUAUUAUGGAAAAGAAGAAAAAGUGAGAUUAGGUUAUGUUCCUGAUUAAGAAGGUAAAAAAAAGAACAUGAUGGAAAUUAUUGAAAAAAUUAUAUAAUAGAGAGAUUAAGAAAUUAGAAAUAUUUAAAAAUUCAUUAACUAAAUAAAAGAUGAAAUGCAUAGAAAUAUAGAUAAAUAGGAAGUAAUUUAGAAAGAAUUAGAUGAAUUAAGAUAAAAAAAGAGAAGAUGUAAGAUGUUAUUAAAAGAUAUAUUUUUAAAAUAACUUUAAGAGGCAAAUGAAUAAUUGAUGCCAGAAGGAUUAAUUCAAAUAAUUAAAUAAAUGAAAAAAAUCAAUGAAAAUGCUAAAAUUGAAUAAUUUCCAAGAUAUUUAGAUGAUUAAUCAAGACAAUAUCUUCUUAAAGCUGCAUAAUUAGAAAUAGAAAUAGAAGAUGCUAGAUCUCAAUCUUAAAAACUAAAUCAUAAUCAUACUAAUUUAAAAAGUACUUAAUCAUAAUAAUGUUUAUUUUCAACAUAACCUGUAAGUGUAUCUUAAUUGAAAAACUAAGUGAAGACAAUGCUUAAAAGAAGUAAGGUUUCUAUCAAAAAACCAGUAUUUGUUUAAGGAAUAGAUCCUUUGAAUCCUUCAUCUUUUGCUCAUGUAAUUAAAUGGGAAAAUUAGGAAUUAGAAUCUAUUAAUUUAUAAGAUAAAGAAGAUACCCAAAUUAAAUUAUAAAAUAUGCCUAGUGAAGGAAAUUUAAUUAUUAAAGAUUAUAAUUUAAAAUUAGUUUAAUUUUAGUAAUAACUUGAAUAACUUUAAAAGGAAGAAUAGGAAAGAAUAUUAAAAUUAUAUUAAAAUAAAAGACAUUUAUCAGAUGUUUAAGAGUUGAAAUUAGUAAUGUAUUCAUUAUUUGGAUAAGUAAUAGGAGAUUAAAUAUGGUAUGAGUUUGUUAUUGAAUGGACUGAGCAAAAAUCCUUAAAUCCAUAGUAAAUUUUAAAAAAAGAAACAGAAUCUAAAUAAAAUGAAAAAGGAAUGAGUUAAAAACUAAUAAAUGAAAAAAUUAAAUAAAGGAUGGCUAACACUUAUCGUAAAUUAUAAUAAAGUAAUUAAGUUGAAUAUAAUUUUAAUAUGCUAGAUUGA